AUGAGCAAUCAAGUCAAUGGAAUCUCCAAGAGACUCAUCGUUGAGUCACCAAACGUUAAGUUGGUCGAUGGAGUUUUAGAGUCGAAGUUCAACUACCGUAAGAACCACUUUGAGCAUCGUGCAGAUGGACUUCAUGUUACCCCGAAGGAGCAUGAGUAUUCGUUCAAGACGGUUCUCAAGCCACGUAAGACUGGUCUCUUGCUCGUCGGACUUGGUGGUAACAAUGGAUCCACGGCAGUCGGAUCCAUUUAUGCUAAUCAAUAUGGCAUGACUUGGAGAACCAAAGAAGGAUCCAAUCAAUUCCGUCACCCAAACUGCCACUGUGCACCUUGGUUACGACUCGGCGCUCAAAACCAAAUAUUCGUUCCAUUCAAGGAUAUCGUCCCAAUCCUCUCUCCGAACGAUUUGGUUAUUAGUGGAUGGGACAUCAGUAACUCAAACUUGUACGAUGCUAUGGCUCGUGCCAAGGUUUUCGAGCCGGAGCUCCAGGAGAAACUCCGCCCAUUCAUGGAGCCAAUCGUUCCACUUCCAUCUGUCUACUACCCGGAUUUCAUUGCUUCCAAUCAAGGAGAUAGAGCCAACAACGUGAUUCCAGGAAGCAACAAAUUGGAGCAUUUGGAGCACAUUCGUGCUGAUAUCCGAAAAUUCAAGCAAGAUCACGAGUUGGAGUGUGUCAUCGUUCUCUGGACUGCUAAUACCGAGAGAUAUACGGAUGUUCGGACUGGUCUUAACACGACUGCUGAUGAAAUUCUGAAAUCGAUUGGAUCCAACGAAUAUGAAGUCUCUCCAUCGAACAUCUUCGCAGUCGCUUCGAUUCUCGAAGGAGCGCAUUACAUCAAUGGUUCUCCUCAGAACACGCUUGUUCCCGGAAUCAUAGAGCUCGCCGAUCGUCACAACGUUUUCGUUGGUGGAGACGAUUUCAAGUCAGGACAAACCAAGUUCAAGUCUGCUUUUGUUGAUUUCCUUGUGAGCAGUGGAUUGAAACCAGAAUGCAUCGUAUCCUACAACCAUCUCGGAAACAAUGACGGAAAGAAUUUGAGUGAAGCGAGACAAUUCCGUUCGAAGGAAAUCUCGAAAUCUUCGGUUGUCGAUGAUAUGGUGAAAUCCAAUCAGAUUUUGUUCCCAGAUGCCAAGAACCCAGAUCACUGUGUCGUGAUUAAGUACGUUCCAUUUGUCGCUGAUUCGAAAAGAGCUAUGGAUGAAUACAUCUGCAGCAUCUUCAUGGGCGGAAAGCAAACAUUUGUGGUGCACAACACUUGCGAGGAUUCCCUUCUCGCCUCCCCACUUAUUUACGAUUUGGCUAUCCUCACAGAGCUAGCCUCUCGUGUGACCUACAAAGAUGGCGACGACUACAAACCAUUCCACUCUGUUCUUUCCAUCCUUUCUCUUCUCCUGAAGGCCCCUGUCGUUCCGCCAGGUACUCCAAUCAGCAAUGCCUUCAUGCGGCAGUUCUCGACGCUCACCAAAUUGGUGACUGCUCUGGCCGGCUUCCCAUCUGACACCGACAUGCAGAUCGAAUUCUUCACCCAGCUCCCACAGUCAAAGUGA